UACUAUUACUUGAACCAGUGGCUUACCCAAAAAAGCCUACAUCAAAACCAUUCACUUUCCCUUUCUUUUCCAAAAAUCUCUCAUCCCGCCGCCUACUACCACCACCACCACCACCACCACCACCUCCCAGUGGUGCUCUUCCAAACAGCGAUCAGCCACCACCACAGUCAACCGCAACAACCCCUCAAAUGGCGACCACUGCAGCAACAACAACAGUUGCCUGCGACGCAACAACCACCACUUCCUCCGACGGUCCAGUCCUUAGCCUCAUCAACAAACGCAUCCGUGCCUUACGCAAGAAAUACAACCGCAUCCUCCAGAUGGAAGAAUCCGUCUCCCAGGGCAAACCCUUAAACAAAGAACAAGAAGAAGUCCUCCGUUCAAAACCCUCCGUCUCCGCCCUUAUCGACGAACUCGAGAAGCUUCGCCACCCUCUCUCCUCCGCCGUCUCCGAAGAAAUCUCACUCGCUUUACAGCGUCAAACCAUUUCCGCGGAAGAAACUACCUCGGAAGCCCAACAACAGCAGCAGCCGCCCAGUGAGCCCGAUCAUGCUGUUGAAGAUCUCCUCAACCUGCUCUAUUUCGGGUCGUUGUUCGAUGUCAAGUCUCAGAAUGAUUUCACUUCGAUGAUGUUGACUCGGACGCACGAGAGGGGCUGUUGCCUGACUUACGAUUAUGUCACCGACGACGCUACCGAUCUGCUUAGCGAGAAAGAUUUGGAUUCCAUUUCGACGCUGAGUGGACUAUUAACUUCACGCUCUGCUGAUUCCAGUUUGUCUCACAAGAGCGCUUUGCACCGUUGCCUACACCAUGCUAAGCUUUGGCUUUCCAACUCUGACCAGCCCAUCGACCCCAAUGCCGACGUCUCCUAUGCUGGGUUAAGAGAGAGGCUUAACAAGAUUAUGGCUUUGGAUUACUUUACGACGACGCCGGAGAUGAAGGCUCCAGUUGAAGUGGUUGCAGCAGCUGCUGCUGGGAGUUAUACCACUUUCCAGGUUCCAGUGCAGAGUGUGCCCAUUUCUGUGCCUCUUCAGGUGGAAGAUUCUGUCGGGCAGUAUCAGCAAAAGGAAGAAGAUGCAUUUAAUUAUCAAGAACCUGAGAUACUUGAGACAAGUGACAAUCAAUUUAGUGUCGCAGAAGAACAUCAGAAGGAUGAAGUGGAGAUGGAAAAUCCUGCAGAGGAUAUUGCAGUUCAACAAGGUGGGAAAUUAUCUGUGGAUACAGACGACCAGAGAAAUGUAGAACCCAAGGAGCAACAGUAUGUUCCUCGAAGACCCUAUCACAACCAAAGAGGGAGUCGUGGUACUGGGGGUGGUCGUAGGGGUUACUCCAAUGGCCGUGGAAGUCGAGGCAGUGGAAGGGGUGGCGGAGCCUACCAAAAUGGUCGUAGCCAAUAUUAUGAUCAGCCGGGCAACAACUACUAUUCUAGGAGCUAUCAUAACAACCGGGGAAGGGGUGGAAGAGGCGGUGGCCAUGCUUACAACAAUCAUGGGUCGGCAGUUCAGGGUGGUCACGCCUCUGCUGAUGUAGGUGUUGCCUCAUAACAGCUUUAUGUGGAGUAUCCAGAGGUGGGUGGUGAAGAUGUACUCUUUUUCUUUUGUCUUUUUGGUUUGCAUGAAAAGCAUGUUUUGAAUGUGGGUUCAUGUUUAUAUGGUACCAUCCGUUUACUCCUUUUGUAGUUGGGUUAAUUAAUGACUUUGGAAAUCAUUUAAAAACUGAAGACUUCUGGCAA